UAGAAAAAGAAGUAGAACAAGUUCGCUUACACUGGAAAAACUAUCAGAUGUAUUUGAAAAAAAAAGUAGAAAAAGAAGUAGAACAAGAAGCUCACAUUGGAGCCCAGGAAGGCAUACAGGGAGCUCACAUUGGAGCCCAGGAAAGCACACACAGGGAGCUCACAUUAGAGCCCAGGAAGGCACACACAGGAAGCUCACAUUGGAGCCCAGGAAGGCACACACAGGGAGCUCACAUUGGGGUGGUAUAGUUACUGUUUCCAGAUCUUGUUUUGUCUUUCAAUGUCAGGUUUUUUACCUUGGUAUGUGCUAUGUGAACACUGGAAUUCACGGCCUAGGAUUGUCCAUCUAUCCAUCGUUUGCAUUAGCUGUCUGA